GAACUUGUGCAAAUACCAUCUUGCAUUUCCAAAUAUCCAAAGCAAAAGAAAGCCCACCUUGCAAACUAAAUUACAAAGUGCACCAAACAGGCCUUCUUCUCCCUCUCACACAUACCAAGCCUCCAGCAACCACCACUCUUGCAUUUGAUACGCAUUAAAAGUAUCGUAGAUGAUGACCAAACCCGGUGUCUUUUCUCUCCCAAUUCUACUUCUUUUUCUCUUCCAUGUUAUUAACACUUUAGCCCAGCCCACCGCGGCUCCAGCCCAAUCCACCGCAGCUUCAACCCCACCAGCCAAUGCACCAGCCAAGCCAGCCACGCCUCCAUCCUCAGCCGCCACGCCUCCCGCCUCACCUGCCAAGCCUCCAAUCCAAUCCGCAAAGGCACCUGCCCAAUCCGUCCAAGUACCUGUACAAAAAGGUUCUAUUGACGUCACAAAAAUCCUUGCAAAGGCUCGUGGUUACUCAGUCUUUAUCCGCCUCUUGAAGAGCACUGGACUUGCUGCUCAACUAUACGGACAACUCAACAAUUCAAACAAUGGCUUUACCAUCUUUGCACCUACAGAUACAGCAUUUUCGAAUCUCAAACCAGGCACCAUAAACUCUCUAUCUGACCUACAAAAGACUCAGCUAAUACAAUUUCACAUCUUGAACUCUGUGAUUGGUCCGUCCAACUUUCAAACUCUAAGCAAUCCAGUGCCAACAGAGGCCGGUGAUACUAGCGUCGGAGAAUUCCCCCUUAAUGUGACCACUGCUGGCAAUCAAGUGAAUAUUUCGACCGGCCUUGUGAAUACCACAAUGGGUGGUACAAUAUAUUUGGAUAACCAGCUUGCGAUAUAUCGAGUGGAUAGUGUUCUUCUUCCACUGGAAAUUUUUUCUCCAAAGCCUAAGAAGGCUGCUGCUCCUAAACCUGCACUGACAGAUUCAAAUACUACGAGUGCUGCGGAUAGUCCAUCAGGUGGUGGUGGUGGUGGUGCUACUGCUUCUUCUUCUACAACGGACACCGAUAUUGCUAAAGUAAAUGCGUCUGGUGCAGUAAGCCUCAGUACAAACAAAAUUUUGUUACCCAUCGGAAUUGCUGUGGUUGCAUUCUUUGUGGCGAAAGGAACUUGACGGCUUAAUAUUACCUGCUGGAAUUCCCGUGGUGGAAUCAUUUUAUUUUUUAAUGCAUUGUUUGGCUAAGUUGGAUUGAUUACAUUGUGUUCUUUCAAAAUAAUCGCCUUCUUUAAUCUACUUACUCGAUCUCUGUUGUUUUUCAUUUUUUUUUUGUUAUAGUCGUAAUGUUAAAAGGAUCGGUUUUCUUGUUAGUUUUCUGCUGA